UCCGCCCACUCUCGCCGCGGUCUCCUGGCGGCGGCGGCUUUGUCUCGUGGGCUGGUCCCUGGCGGCUCCCUCCCGGGAACGGCUGCCACCGAGGGAGUCAGCCGCGCGGGUCCGGCAUCCUAACGCUGAAGCCCCCGAGCGCGCGCUCGUCAUCCACCACCACCAUGUAAGGGCCAUGAGCAGGGCUCGUCCUGGCGCAGCGCGGACAUGGAGGAGGACUUAUUCCAGCUCAGGCAGCUGCCGGUGGUGAAAUUCCGUCGCACAGGGGAGAGUGCAAGGUCCGAGGACGACGCAGCUUCGGGAGAGCAUGAGGUCCAGAUUGAAGGAGUCCGUGCAGGCCUAGAGGCCGUGGAGCUGGACGAUGGGGCGGCCGUGCCCAAGGAGUUUGCCAAUCCCACCGACGAUACUUUCAUGGUGGAAGAUGCGGUGGAAGCCAUUGGUUUUGGAAAAUUUCAGUGGAAGCUGUCUGUUCUCACCGGCUUGGCUUGGAUGGCCGACGCCAUGGAGAUGAUGAUUCUGAGCAUCCUCGCGCCGCAGCUGCACUGUGAGUGGCGACUGCCCAGCUGGCAGGUGGCGCUGCUGACCUCGGUGGUCUUUGUCGGCAUGAUGUCCAGCUCUACCCUCUGGGGAAACAUCUCAGACCAGUAUGGCAGAAAAACAGGACUGAAGAUCAGCGUGCUCUGGACCCUGUACUAUGGCAUCCUCAGCGCGUUUGCGCCCGUGUACAGCUGGAUCCUGGUGCUCCGGGGCCUGGUGGGCUUCGGGAUCGGAGGGGUCCCCCAGUCGGUUACACUGUAUGCUGAGUUCCUUCCCAUGAAAGCCAGAGCUAAGUGUAUUUUGCUGAUUGAGGUGUUCUGGGCCAUCGGGACAGUGUUCGAGGUCGUCCUGGCUGUGUUUGUGAUGCCCAGCCUGGGCUGGCGCUGGCUGCUCAUCCUCUCAGCUGUCCCCCUCCUCCUCUUUGCGGUCCUGUGUUUUUGGCUGCCGGAGAGUGCAAGGUAUGAUGUGCUGUCCGGGAACCAGGAGAAGGCCAUCGCCACCUUAAAGAGGAUAGCCACGGAAAACGGAGCUCCCAUGCCUCUGGGGAAACUCAUCAUUUCCAGACAGGAAGACCGAGGCAAAAUGAGGGACCUGUUCACACCCCAUUUUAGAUGGACAACCUUGUUGCUGUGGUUUAUAUGGUUUUCCAAUGCAUUUUCUUACUAUGGUUUAGUCCUGCUCACCACCGAGCUCUUCCAAGCGGGAGAUGUCUGCAGCAUCUCCAGCCGGAAGAAGGCCGUGGAGGCCAAGUGCAGCCUGGCCUGCGAGUACCUGAGCGAGGAGGACUACAUGGACCUGCUGUGGACCACCCUGUCUGAGUUCCCAGGUGUCCUUGUGACUCUCUGGAUUAUUGACUGCCUGGGCCGCAAGAAGACCAUGGCUCUGUGUUUCGUCGUCUUCUCCUUUUGCAGCCUCCUGCUGUUUAUCUGCGUCGGAAGAAAUAUGCUCACUCUGUUACUCUUCAUUGCAAGAGCAUUUAUUUCUGGAGGCUUCCAAGCAGCCUAUGUUUACACACCUGAGGUCUACCCCACGGCGACCCGAGCGCUGGGCCUGGGCACCUGCAGCGGCAUGGCCAGGGUGGGCGCCCUCAUCACCCCGUUCAUUGCUCAGGUGAUGCUGGAGUCAUCCGUGUACCUGACGCUGGCCGUUUACAGUGGCUGCUGCCUCCUGGCUGCCCUGGCCUCCUGCUUUUUGCCCAUCGAGACCAAAGGCCGCGGACUGCAGGAGUCCAGCCACCGGGAGUGGGGGCAGGAGAUGGUUGGCCGCGGGGCGCACGGCACAGGUGUCGCCAGGUCGAACUCGGGCUCUCAGGAGUAGUGACCGAUGGGGGGCUGCACUGGCCUUUGAGGCUGUAGAGCAUGAAGAGCUGGUGGAGCCCAGUAGGGGCACCGAUCGUCACUGCCCACAUCGAGAACUCACCCAAGGGUACCACCCAGACCAACAAGGUUUUGUGUCUUGACUGUUUGCUCAUAUUCAUCGAGAUCCACCCGGGGAUGGGGAGGCCUUUGCUUUGGGAGGUUCUCUGUAUGUGUGUGUGAAGGUCUGUUAAUAACCUGUGGAUCUGCAUGGGAAAACUGCCACCUCAGGAGUGCCCAGUGACACCAGUAGCCAGCCAGACACCAUCCAGAAUCCCAGAGUCAGCCGGUCACACCCUUGGUGAACAACCACCAAAAGAUCUCUGCAGAUACAGUCCAGGCCCAGAUGGACCCUUGUGAGAUCUGCCGUCCAGUAAGAUGACACGUGCCAGCCACCCACUGGAUCUGUUCUUAGGUUUCUCCUGCAUUGCCAGCCCCAGGCUUUCUUCUUUGAAAUUGCAGGUGACCUGGGUGUGGCCUGAGCAGCUUUUUCUUGGGUCUGAGAAAUGCUCCUGGGGAAGGGGCGCCUGAGUUUGCAUCCCCAGGGCUUGAGUAGCAGAGACUCUGGAAGAUGGACAUGCAUUUGAACUUGAGUCUCUUGCAUGCUUCCACCUGGCCUCUUCUUGGAGUCACUGUCCUUGGUUCCAGGGGAUCCAAAUGUGAGCACGAGGACAGCUGGGCUUGCACCAGAUGACAACCUCAGAGAGUUGUUACCUCCAGGAAUUGGGGGUGGAGGUGAAAGGGCGGUGAGAACCAAGCCCACAGCCGAAGCAGGGGCCUCCCCUUCGGAAGUAGAAAAGGCCUCUCCGGGGGGGUUCUUUUCUGGCCGCCUCCUUGGUCAGGCUGACUGGUGACUCUUGGGGCAAGAAAACAGUUAAGUCAGGUUUCAGCAUUUGGGAGUUGAGUGUGGUACGUGGCUAGGGAAACAGAAAGAGGCUCCCCCAACCACCCACUCCCAUCAGGGUCAGGGGACCAGGAUCCCUUCCUCCCUGGAUUCUCUGCCACCCCUGCAGUCAAGGGCUGGCUUGGUCUUUCCAUAGAGACAACUCCUUGGGUUCUGGUGAUGGACCACAUGGCAGAGAUGCUGUGCGUAGGAGGAAUGGGAGGUCUCAGAUGUAUGAAACAUGCAUUUUCAAAGAAAGAGCAGGGAGGUCAACCAGUUUGGGGGUUGGCCUCCAGAGGAAGGGCAGAUGCUGUUCUCAGCAGACGACAUCCACUGCCAGGGUUUGGUUUCUAUGAGCCUUUUCCCCAUCAUGAAGGCAGGAACCUAGGGAAGGAGGGAAGAAGUUUCCAGAUCCCAUCAAAGGCCAGAGAAGACUGACCCUCUGCUUGGAGAUGUCUGCUUGAAGUGAACAUUUCAAGGAAGCCAAAUGUGUACGUUCAUCUUUAUUAAAACAUGUUGGUGAUGGACAUUGAAAGGGUUGAAGUUUGUCCAUUUGUCAUAAUGUCCUAGGGAUGGUUCACCUUAAUGGUCUUGCCAGCUUUGUUCAUUCAGGGUAAGUUUGAUGCUUUCGUAUGCUUUAAUAUGAUGAUCUUUCCAACAAGGGGGAAAAGGUGCACAGUUGGCUGCUGACUUUGAGUCUGUUUGGAAGCAACACUCUCUGCUAAUGGUGUAGAGAUCACAGUGGGCAGCUCCUUCAGGCCCAGGCUCUAGAUCAACUGCAAAUGAUCCCAUGUCCCUGGAUAUAUGGUCUGCAGCACCCCCAGGGCCCAGGCAGUCAGAGGGGGCAGUUUGGCAGAGCUUCCUCUCUCUGUCACCCACAUUUCUUUGGACCAUGAGUGGCUAAAGCUCUAAUUAUUUCUGGUCUGCUGAGCUCUCCUGGGUAACAAAGAACCUUUGCUUGUCUUUUUUGCCUUCCAGCUGACCAGACACUGCCAGAUGAGAAAGUCCACUCUCUUCACCCUCAAAUAACCUGGAGAAACUGGGGACUGUGGUGGGGAAGGAGAACUUGGUGGGCAUAGAUGUAUUCCAGGGGCUGGAGCAAAGAAGCUUGUAAUUGUGGGCUUUCUCGGGAAAAUGAAAGGUGAACACUCUUGGCUUUCUAAAUUGCAUGCCCUUUUAUAAAAUCGAUAUUAUUGAAUGAAAUAAGAGCUGCCACAAACAUUGUGCAAGCCUCUGAAACACAUGAGACCUUUAGCUGAAAACCUUUGUAUCUAAUUUUGAACCAUCCAAAAGCUCCCCUUUCCAUUAAUGGAAAUGUCAUCUGUCUCUCUCAGUGUUAGGAAAGACUAGAAAAUGGUAAAGAAUGUUCAAUGUAGCCAGGAUUACGUGGUUUCUUUUUUUCCCUUACUUCAAGUAUGCUCAGGAAUACAUACAUGAGAUGUGUUGGCAGUGAGAAAAAAAGAGUAUCUUAGAGAUGGACUUUGAAUAUGGAUAUGCAUAAUUUUUAAAUAAUGGUAAGCAACAUAGAGCCUUGAAGGAUGAUAUCUGGAGUCUUCCUUGGUUAUGACAAUAAACAUCAAAGGACUGGAAUAAGUUUGAGCUGUGAGUAAGAGCAAAACCAACCAAUAGAAGUUUAACCCUUUAGAGUAUUGAUUGUUCAUUUAACAACAAGCCCAGAGUCAGACAGUUCCAGGGAAAGUUCAGCAACUCAACAAUAUCAUCAAGGACCCAGCUUUUUUUUUUUUUUUAGCUUUCCCUCCCCACCCUCCUCUGCAUGUCAGCCAUUGACCCUAAGUGUGAAACCUCAUGGUGGCAAAAUGGCUGCCAAUGUGCCAGGCAUCAAGUUUUUUUUUUUCAAAAGAGGUAGAAUGGGGAAGGAGCAGUCACAACAGGUUUUCUUUCUAAAGAGUCUGUUGUUUUGGCUGGAAAGAGAAGUCCUGCAGAUUUACUAUUACUUUGCAUUAGUCAGACCUGGGUCACAGGCCCACCCCAGCAUGAGCCGUCCCCUAGUUGGGGAAGGAAGGGCCUACCUCCCACUGGAUCAAGGGGUACCCAGAGCCUCUCGAACACAAAAUUGAGAUGCUGUUAGUACAGAGAAGGAAGACAGUGAUGGUGGGAUGGGAGAUAGCCGAGAGAAACCCUGACACAUAGUUCUCAUGAAGGCUGUUAGAGUUGCAAGGAAUACAACGGCUUUAAGAAGUAAAACUGUGAAAUAAGACUGGGAACAGUAGUUAAUUUCCUGGGGGAUAUAAAUAUGGGAAACGGAAGUGUAAGGAACAACAGGAAGAGAGGAAGAUUGUGGCAGAGUACAGGGCAUGGGCCCUGUCCAAAGGGAGUGGCUGCUACUCAGCUCCAACUGAUAUUGUUGUACCAUGAGGUCAGUUGAUUUUCAAGACAAGAAUCUGCAUUCUUAUGUGAAAUCUCCAAAAUAUUGACUGCUAGAUCAAAAAAAUUCUUUUUAAUUUUAGUGUGUUGGAUUGUUUAAAAUUUUAAAUGUGUGAAUCUAAUAAAAUUCAUCUGUAGGCCAGGUUUGGUUGAUGGGCAACCAGUUUGCAGCCUUGGGAAGUUCUCUGAAAUAAAUGGAGCUGCAAAAUAGAGAGCCACCAGGGUCUGAGGCAGCCCUCUCUCUGGAUCUGAGGCCCUGGUUUCUGUCCCUCUCUGCAGACUGGCUUCCUUCUGCCCCCUUGUGGCUGCUGCAUGUGGCUUCCACUCACCAGGGUUCAUCUCUGCAAACAUAGCUGACUCAGCUGUUCAGCGUCCCACUUUCAAAAUCUUAAGAGAGGAAGUUGAUUGGUCCAGGUCAGCAUUGGUCCAAUUGGUUGGGUCAGGGAGGGGUGGGGUCAAGAGGUACAAACAUGGCAGCUUUGGUCAUGACACUUACCGGUAUGCCUGGAACCCAUAGCAACACAUAGGUAAACUCUCAAGUCUGUUCAUUAUAACUGGUAUGGGUUAUGUCAUGGCAUAUGGAAUACCCACCAUAUAUUGGUAUAAUAUUCAGCACUGAGGAUGCAGACAAGAAUUAAGACAUGAUCCCUAUCUUCAUGAACUCAUAGUGUAGUGUGGAGAAAACACU